AACCACAAAGCUUUUCGGUUCAUUGACCCGGUCACCUACAAGAUAAUCAUCAGCCGUGAUGCGCAGUUCAUCGAAAUGAAAGAUCAGGAAGGAGAUCAUUCCCCCAAGAGUCCGGUAUCGCCGCAAAUUGUGGAAUAUGAAGCUGAAGUCAUUCCGUUCAAUCCUGAGUCUGAUGGAGAUAGAAAAGUUCUUGAUGAAGCAGGCAACGUUGAUGAUACCCUGGUUGAGGAGAAGCCUGAGGAUACAGAUUCCAGCUUUUACGAUACCUCGAAUGAAGACGAAGCUAAUGGAGGAGAUGCGUCAGCGCGGCGGCCGAUGCGUAGCACGAAAGGAGUAUUGACACAACGAUAUCCAGAGACCACUGGUAUGGUGCGAAAACUAACUGACGAGCCGAGGACAUUCAAUGAAGCCAUGAAAGGACCUGAAGCGGAGUUGUGGAAGGCAGCUAUGGACGAUGAGAUGACGUCGUUGCAAGAGAAUGGCACAUGGCAGCUGACGGAUAUACCGACGGGACGCAAGGCGGUUGGCUGCAAAUGGAUCUUCAAGCGGAAGCUAGACGAAGAUAGAAACGUGGUAAGAUAUAAAGCCCGGCUAGUCGCUCAAGGAUUCACCCAAAAGUUCGGGACGGACUAUGACGAAGUCUUUGCACCGGUGGUGUGUCAGGUGACUUUCCGGGUACUGCUGACGGUUGCCAGCAGGGAUGCCAGAUGA